UUUAUUUAUUUAUUUUUUAUUUUAUUUUUUUUUGGAAAUAGGGUUGUCUACAAUUUACAAGAAAGUAUGUGGUCAAGCAGCCAUGAGAAGAAAAUGCUCUCAAAAUUCUUUAGUGAAACUUUUAUUGCCUUUUUUCUUGAUUUGGACAUGUUUCUAGUCUGUUAGGCAUGCCCACAGUUUCGAUUUCCACACAAACCAGCCUACCAGCCGUGUUACCCAUGAUGAAGUAACUUUUGUAUAACAUAAAGCAAGCUAAUCUUUCUUGAAAUAAAGGAAUCUUUUAGUGUAAAUCUAAGUUUUUAAAUCUAAAAAUAUGUUUUAACUGAGAUAAAUUUUAACCUAUCACUGAAUUUUAAUUUGGCUGUAGACUAUAAAGGGGAACAUUUUUGUCAACUUCCUAUUUUAUUUAUUUAUUUAUUUAUUUAUUUAUUUUGGAAAUAGGGUUGUCUACAAUUUACAAGAAAGUAUGUGGUCAAGCAGCCAUGAGAAGAAAAUGCUCUCAAAAUUCUUUAGUGAAACUUUUAAUGCCUUUUUUCUUGAUUUGGUCAAAUUUCUAGUCUAGUUUCGACUUCCACACAAACCAGCCUACCAGCCGUGUUACCCAUGAUGAAAUAACUUUUGUAUAACAUAAAGCAAGCUAAUCUUUCUUGAAAUAAAGGAAUUGUUUAGUGUAAAUCUAAGUUUUUAAAUCUAAAAAUAUGGUUUAACUGAGAUAAAUUUGAACCUAUCACUGAAUGUUAAUUUGGCUGUAAACUACAAAGGGGAACAUUUUUGUCAACUUCCAAAGCACCAACACUAAAUACUGUUUAUAUUAUUAUUAACACCAAUUAUUGUUAUUAUUACUAGCCUACCAAUGCAUAAUUUUACCUCAUGUAAAAACGACCUUUAAAAUAUUUUGGAAAUGCUGAUAACAUGCAAACUGAAUUAGGUAAAAAUAAUAAGCCAUUUCCUGUGGGCUAUGAUAUUUGUAUUUCCAGCAGGACCUAGGAUGCUAGAAUCAUGCACCGUGAGCGUGUGAGAUAACGGCAGAAGGGGGGAAAAACCUUGGAAACCCCCGAGCUAUCUCAGUCUCAGCACCGGCAAACAAAAAUAGACACUAUGAAAACUGAACAACUGUCCUUAGAGAUCAGUUACUUUCAAUCCUUAAACUGCACAUUCAUUGAGGCAAAUAAUUUGCUUUUAUUAAUUAAACAGCUUUCUUGUCGGUGCUCGAGCGAACCACAGAAGUCCAAUGAUGAUUAGUAGGCUAUCAAGUUAGUGACCAUAGGACUGCAGUUUUGACCGUGUAAAUGAAGACACGCCAAUCUCGGCCAUUUCUAGAGUGCAACAAGUCAUUACACUACUAUUUCAGAAGUGAUUUCAUCAGCUUUUCUCAACUUGAAAGCAUGUUUCGUACCAAUGACAGAGGACAUAGAGAACUAUACUAUGAUAAGCAGCACCUGAAGCUUGAAGAGCUCAAACAGAAGCAAAUAGAGAAUAACUACCUCUAUAGAUCAAUCCCAGGACACCCUGAGAAUGUGGAAUUUCAAGUGUCAUAUCUUCGGCAUAACACUAACCUCCAAGGAUUCUUUGGCAUUUUGGAUACUGGGGGAUUUAAAAAGCCGACACGCAGCGACUCACCAAUACGCGAUCUGGUAUGGUGGAGCCCAGACAUUUCCAGAGAAGAUAUUACUAUUGCAGAAAACGAGUACUUGGAUGGCUACAUAGUAAAACCUUUCCUGCACAGGUUCACCUCUUCCCCAGCCUUUCUGUCAUCCUCACGCAUGGGGAAUUUCCGUUUCAGUAUGUCGAUCAAUGAGUUGUUGAGAAGCUACCAACAGCAGUUCUGUGCAGGCCAGGAGCCCAGCAUUCGCAUUUUUGAGACUGUGGUCUAUAAGCAGGAAGUGAUGUAUUCUAUUGUGAUUCAUGCACCUCGUGCUCAUAACCUAUUCUCUGAGUAUCCCCUGCUCAAGGAUACCCAGGAUGCAGUGUGUGUGUUUAGGGAAAACACCAUUAUCUGGCGUCCACAGGCAAUGAGUAAAACACACCGUUUCAGGCUGUCUCGUAACAUGAAAGCUAUUCGGAUACCCAAAAUUGCCAGAAAAGAGUACAUGUGGGAUAACAUCGGAGUGGCAUUCCAUGUUCCACAUGGAGAAAUCUUCCACUUCAGCAGGGAAAUUCUGACUGAGAGUCUCAGACUCUGUGAGGGAGCUCAGCCAAAAAUUAACACAGAAGAGUUUGUGAAGUGUGAGUUUGGCCCCAUCAGGCCAGAGUAAAUAUGCCAGAAAAUCCAUUACCUGCAGCUGGUACUUUUAAGUAUUAAAAGCGGAAAGUUUUUGUGAUAACGCAUGUAUAUGUAUGAACAGCAAGUGGGGGAAAUAUUUGUGUUUUUUUUUUUUUACCUGUUUCCUUUACUAUUCUGAGAAUGUAUUUACCACGCUGCAUUAAUAAAGCACUGAUGCUGAAAAAAAAACAAUUCUGGCCUCUGACCUGUUUUACAUCAAUGGUGGGUUUUGAUGGAAAUGGGAAGGUAUAAUUUAUGGUUCUUUAUCAGUUUUGCUUUACUCCCACUGAAUACCUCUCUGUUUAGCUCACUCAGCUCACAAAAGCACAGGCAGGGAGCACCUUAGGAUGUUUCCAAAGCACAAAGAAACCAUCAACACACUGCAUUUUGAUUUGACAAAGUUUGGGUAACCUUGAACCAUUGCCACAUUUUGUAGACUAGUGGAUAAUGAAGAAAUGUAGUAUGAUUUACUUUGCUUUCUUUAUUAACGUUCUUUAUGCUAAAUGCUUUUAUUCUUCUUUUAAUUACUGGUACUAUGCUGAUAAGUUUCUAUUGUUUUACACUGCAUUGAAUUCAAUAUCACUGCAUUUAUUUGUCAGUAUUUAUACUUUAUUUAGUAACUUAAGUAUGUUUAGU